GUCGUCGACAACGUCAGCGACAUCUUUUUACCCCGUAUAGUUCCUGGGGGUCGACGAGCAGCUCUCCUCUAGGCCGCCACGGCCGCCCUCGGGACGGACCCCUGCCUUGCGCCCUGUAUUUUGCUCACCCUGAGAACAACUCGACGAUGGCUGACAGCGAGUUCGAGGAAUUCCGGCACUACUUCGAGAGGCUGCCCCAACAUCUGAAGGCUCCGCUCUCCAACUACACGCUCGUUCAUGAUGUGAUGAUCGAUGAUUCGCCAACAUCUUCACAAGGAAGCGAUGAGGAAGUCGGCAGAUCUUGUGAUGUCGUUACUGGCGAUUCUGAGGAUGAGGAAGUUGUCGUUAUUCAUCGACACGAUGACCAAAGCGGACAUACCACCCCUGAUGACAGCGAGGAGCUGGAUCACCACUGUUCGAUCAUAGCUGAUAGUGAUUUUAGGUUGGUAACAUCCCUGUUCGGUGGACUGAGCAGCAGGGGUCGAUCAGUAGGCGGUGGCGGACCAGGACCAGGCGGGGGUGGCACUACUGUAUCCGGUAACGGCGGUCGGGAUAGUGUCGUCAGCGAUGUCGGCGACUCGUGUUCCAGUUUGAGCUCCUGGCCUACACCGGAGCACGUGCCAUCGAAUCGACCCGGAAGUGGCGGUACAGAGCGCAGACGUCGAAGAUUGCCGGAAAUUCCGAAAAACAAGAAAUCUAUGCCCAUGUGCCAGACAUCCAUGCAGACAUCAUCUUCUCUGGCAGAUGAAUUGAGCGCUGCCACCGGCUCGACAUCGGCUCGGCCUCAUCUUAUCCUAAGAAAAUGUCAUCCCAGACUUCGCCACGAGGACAGCUCACCUGACAGCGAGAGAAUGGCCACCGAUAGUGGUCAUUCCACCGCUCAUUCACCUGAAAACGGACCCAAAAGCGUAUCUCCCAUACCUUGCAAUACCCUGCAAAACACGAAUUCAGUAUCGCCUAGUAGUACCCCAGGAAGCGGAGGCGUACCGUUCACCCAGCUGGAACUGCUCGAGGCAACGCAUCGAGGCCUGCACAAGUUCAUACCACGGCAUCAUGAUGAAAUUGAUCUUGAAAUUGGAGACCCUAUAUACGUGCAAAAGGAGGCCGACGACCUAUGGUGCGAAGGAGUAAAUCUGAGAACAGGCCGGCAAGGUAUUUUUCCAUCAGCAUACGCGGUCGACAUGGAUUAUAGUGAUUUUGAUCCCACUGCGCCCAAAGUGAAGAGAGAAAGAUAUCUUUUGGGUUAUUUGGGUUCGGUAGAGACCCUGGCGCACAAGGGUACAGGGGUGGUUUGCCAGGCUGUACGGAGAAUUUUACGCAAUUCAUUGCAGGAUCCACCCGUCUCGCAAAGCUGCAUCUUGGAAGUAUCCGAUCAAGGUCUUCGAAUGGUCGAUAGAAGUAAGCCAAGGAAAAGUCAGGGUCCUUGUCACGAUUAUUUCUAUUCACUGAAGAAUGUAUCCUUCUGUGCGUUUCACCCUCGCGAUCAUCGCUAUCUCGGUUUCAUCACGAAGCACCCUACACUGCAGAGGUUCGCUUGUCACGUGUUCAUUGGUCAAGAAUCUACAAGACCAGUCGCCGAAGCCGUCGGACGCGCUUUUCAUCGGUUCUACACAAAAUUCAUCGAGACUGCUUUCCCAAUAGAGGACAUCUACAUUGAAUAAAUUGCUCUCGGCCUGACAUAUAACGGCUGUAGAGAAAAUGAUAAAUCUCACUUCCCCCUUAUCCCCUGUACAUAUCGCCCGCUAUCGUUGUAGAUAUAAAAUAAUAAACGCGAAUCAAACACUCAAUAUUUAUACAUAUAUUGAUCAUAUGUAUAUCUAUGUGUACUGAGCGUUUUUGGGAAGCGUCACGACGGAUUCAAUUUUCCAUUAUAGCAUAUACUUUGUUCCUAAACAAUUCUUUUCUAUUUCGUGCAUACAUAAUCCAAUAUGAUUCUAUGCAUGUAGAAUAGAGCGGAAAGAAAUGACUUUUAAAUAAUACUGGCCAACACAAUUAUCUUGAUUUUCUACUAGGGCAUUGGUUGAAAUUAAUACUAUUUUUAUAUUGAAAGAUAUUGGAGUUCUUGUUUCUUUUGCAUUACGUUAUAAUUUUUGAAUGAGAUUUACUAUUAUUAUUUUAUAAAACAUUUACGAACGUGUCUUCUUUCUCUCCAGAUGGAUAUAAAAUUUUAUUAUUGGAGCGAAAUAUUUCAAAAUGAUACGAAAAGUGACGAAUAAAGAAUGAAUGAAAAGUAAUAUGUAUUGACGCUUUAACAGUUGAUAAAAAUUGAUCUGUUUUCAAAAAUGUAAAAAUUUAUUUCUGGUACUACACUCUCAUAGUUGAAAGCAGAGCAACUUUUGCAAAUUAUUUUAAUCGUUUAACCCCAUUAGUGUUCACAAUUAAAAACAUCACAUUUGAUAAAAAUUUGAUUAACGCCCUUAUUUUCUGCUAUAUUUAU